CUUUAGUUGUGGUAACGCAUGCCACACGUAAUUUUGUACCGUUAGAUGAAUACUGACCUCGGUCGGUCUCAGUCUUGUACAUGACACGUCGAACAAUAAGAUAGCGUCCAAACUCAUACACAGUCAUCUUUCCAUACUGUUCAAUCGUAUUAAUUAUAUUGUAAUUGACAAGUCUGAAGUAUCGCUGUGGUCAAUAAUCCGUUUGAUUGAUUUCACAAGCACGGUAGGCACCUGUUAACUCCAACAAAUACGGAUUGAUAUUGUCCAAGUUGAAGGAUGCAUCGUGCGCUGAUCAAUUGCAACCAAGUGCAGACCGAAGUGGUGUCGCAAGGCCGUUGGAUAGAAGAAGAUCCGCAGCCGCAUUCCAGUAAGCAGAUAGUCCUCCUUAUUCCAGGGAAUCCGGGUAUUCCGCGAUUCUACGAGGACUUCAUAAAGGCGAUCAACUCGAGAUUAACGUCGGAGAUACCUAUAUGGAUUGUUGGACAUGCUGGACACGUCCAACCCCCACGGGAUCUGGAUAUCGCCAUGCCUAGUGAUCAGAAAUGGGCAGAGUCUUACAGUCUGUCAGCGCAGCUUCAGCACAAGGCUGAAUUUAUAAAAAAGUACGUUCCAGAGGAUGCACAUCUACAUAUCAUUGGACAUUCCAUAGGUGCCUGGUUUGUACUUAAUUUAUUAAAGGAUAAGGAUAUCAAUAAAAGAAUACAGAGAUGCUAUCUGUUGUUUCCAACGAUAGAAUACAUGGCAGAAACCCGUAAUGGAAUAUUCUUCAAUAUCUUUAUAUCACGAAUCGCACCAGUUUUAAUUUUCCUGUCUUGGAUCUUUACAUCAAUGUUUCCAGUAACUGUACAAACCUUCAUGAUACGUACUUUUGGUUUGUUUUAUGGCAUCCCAGCUAGAUCUGUCAGAGCAGUACGGGAAAUGUUAGAUCCGAGAGUCCUACAUAGAAUAAUCAAUCUUGCCAGGGAAGAAAUGAAAUAUGUCAGAGAAGCUGAUCAUGAGAUUAUAUCGAAACAUGCUGAUAAACUUUGGUUUUAUUAUGGUGCCAGCGACAAUUGGACCCCAGUAAAAUACUAUAAGAAUAUAAUGUUAAAACAUCCUGACCUGAAUGCUCAAUUAUGUCAGCGUGGCUUUCAACAUUCUUUUGUGUUGAAAGAUGACAUAGAUAUGGGACACAUAAUUGGUGAUCUCAUCAAUGAAAAUUCAAAAUAUUGAUAUCUAAGU